UGAGAUUCCCCACUGGAUUAUGCAACAUCACAUUGUAUCCUGGUGAUUUGAUAGGAGUUUAAGAAUAUUUCACCAAUAAGAAAAAAAGCCUUACAGUGGGAGGAAAUGGGACAGAGUCCUGGCUACACCCACAACCAUCCACAGGCUGCUGCCAGAUCUUCCCUUGUCCCUAUCUUGGUGAUACACCAUAAGAAGUUAUAUAAGGUUGUAUAUGGCUUGUCUCCGACACGUGGAGGCCACAACAAUUACAAGGAGGAGGAAACAACUGUUAUAACGUAGAAGAAAUAACAGUCAUAACGUAGUUAUCAAUCAGCUAUAACGUGGAGACAACAACAGUCAAAAAGUGGAGACAACAACAGUUAUAACUUGGAGACAACAACAGUUAUAACGUGGAGACAAGACCAGUCAAAACGUGGAGACAAUCACAAUUAUAACGCUGAAACAACAACACUUAUAACGCAGAGGCAACAAGUUAUAACGUGGAGGCAAAUACAAUUAUAUCAUGGAGGCAACAACGGCUGUAACGUGGAGGUAAAAACAGUAGCAACCUGGUUACAACAACAACAACGUGGGCGGUAACAUCAUUUACAACGAAAGAUUUAUAGACAUAAUCAUAAAGGGGUUCAACCUUUGAAAUGUAUUUCAAAGUUUCAAGCAACAUGAUCGUUUAUUAUUUGUUUGGUUUAGCUCUUUUAUUAGCCACGUUUAGCGUCGACGUCAGCUUUAGUCAAACCGAGUCUGAUGACGAAUCUUACCAUCUGAUCAGUGUCGACUACACGAAGUUCUCAGAGCAGGUGCUCCACAGCAACGACUCGUGGAUCCUGAUCUUUUAUCGUGGUCAAGUCGAUCAGAAGUGGAAAGAGCUGGCUAAAUCGGCGCGUGGAUUGACUUGGCUAGGUACUGUGGAUGUGAAGUCGCAGUCCAAACUACUCCAAGAAUUGGGUUUGGAUGCGGCCAAUGUUCCAAAGGCACGAGUUUACCCUUUUGGUGGAUACAGUCAGAAACUUUCAGAAUGGCAGGACGUUCAUGACUGGAAGGAAGCGGAGAGGUUCGCCCUCAAAUCCAUCCCUGCCGACAUCCCUGUACUGUCGUCUUCAACCAUUGACCGGUUUAUUAAGGACAGCCAUUAUUCCUCAUCCACACCCAGAUUUCCAGCCGUAUAUCUCACAGACUCAACGGAAGUUUCUCCUGUACUACGAGCCAUUAAGGAAAGGUUUAGACGGUACUUCAGUCUAAGCAGGCUGCUCUCGCCGACAACAAACGAGUUAAGGAAACUGGGGCUGGAAGAGAAAAAACCUGUUACAUUGCCUUCAUUAAUUGUCGUUAUCAAGCAGAGAGAGAAAAAUGCGCCGGCGCCGUCCAAGACAAAACCCCAGAGGCCCACCUCUAAACCUAGCAAGGCGGAGAAAAGUACCGAGGAUCAUCAGCCUAGAUUAGUGACUCAGGCGGUGCAAUAUGACGCGAACAACUUCGGCGAGUUGUCUUAUUCCGGUGUGAUGCGCUUUUUCUUCAGCGUGAACCACCAGUUCCGUUACACGUUACCGGAAGGAAGUGACAAAGACACGAAAACGCAGGCUAUGAUGGCGGACGUCAUGGACAUCGAGCAAGAAAGAUUUGACGAGUUCUUCAACAGGAAACAUAUUUCCAAAUCGCAGAAAGCUGAGAGGAAUUCUGGCACAGACAAACCAAAAGCGGGGAAAUCUAAGCCGGAGAAUCCGGAUAAAAAGGAUCCCGGUGGAAAAUGUCCGUUUGGAUUUGAUAAACUGUCCGGGGAUUUCGCAAAACCAAACCGACAUCAGAUGAAGAAAGAAGAACUAUAAAGAACUAUAGACAUAUGCAUACAGCUCCAAUGACACAAUCACGCAAAUUCUACCGAUUUAUAGGCCUGCGUUCCGGAACUGUGAAAAAUUCAUAGGUAUUCACUAAACGCAAAUAUAGCAUAAUUUGACAUUCUUGUUGGGCCAUUUGUUCAAAAGUGCAUGUAUUAAAAGUUAAGUGCGACAUGUAUUUUAAUGUCUAUUUUGAGACAAUUCUAUAACAUAAAACUAUUGGGCAUAUAGCCCAGAAUAAAGUUAAUAUCGGGCUUGUCUACUAAUGCACCACUGAGCAACUGAACACAAGGGUCAUAAAUAAAGUAUGACGUGUAAUAUUAAGUCGAAAAUCGCCUUUUGGAGGAAUCGGACCGAGAGAUUGCCUUCCACAACUUGUCCAUGACAACUCAAAAUAAUUCAAAGUAGUAUAAUAUUAUUUGGUUUAGACGUUUCCAGAAGUUCGAAUUGUGUAAAAUCUUUGUCACUGACACUAAAACACUCAAAGAAUUGAGGGUGUAUUAUAAAUGUGGCCUUAACUUGAAACUGCGUUGUUUUGUUGAACUGCGGCUUUAAAUGGACAGACAUUCUUAUUUUUUGUGAAAUGUGAUUUUUUACAAGGAGAUAAAUUUAUGAACACAUAAGACAGUAGGUAUUAUUAUGAGACAAAAUCGUCACUGUUCUAAUUUCUUUUACAUUAAAGCAGCAACGAAUUCUAAUGCAUUUGACAGUUGUGAAGGAUUAAAUAGACAAAUGGUCAGUCUAUUGAAUAUGGUGCAUUAAAUUUAUUUCAGAUUUUUACUUUAU